AUGAAAAGAAUAUAAAUCCUUUUGCCUUCAUUUGCCAUGUAUACUCUAUAUAAUUAUUUCUAGAGUUAUAGGAAUUAUAACACUUAUGACUAGAAGAAAGUCUGAUGCAUUACAAAAAUUCCUAGGUUAUGCGGCCAUUUUAAUAGGAUUAGGGUAAUUAUUUAAAAUAUAUGUUUUAGUAUAUUAAUGUAUAGCUCAAAAGCAAUUUUAUUAUCAAUGGUAUAAUGUUUCAUAAUCCAAAUAGUAUUAAAAAUUUAUUCAAGAUGAAGUUAACAUAUAAUUGCAGUAGCCAAAGAAGCUGAGCUAAAAGUAAUAAUAAAAAAAAAAAUCCUAAUACAAAAGUGACUAAUAGUAGAAAUAAUAGCACCAAUAAAAGCAAUAAUUGAGAUAAUCUGAAUAACAAUAAUAGUUUGAAUAAGAUUCUCAUCAAUCAUCAGAAGGGGAAGCCUAAGAAGAUGAGUAAAAAUUAAUUGAAUAAGAAAAAUAAGCAGAAUUAGAGAAGUAAAAAUUGCUACAAGCUGAAUAAAGUGUAAAAUAAACUCAUCAAAAAAAAUCAGAAAUAGAUAAAUAAAAAUAAACAACAUAAAAAGAAGAUACAUAAAUUAAAAGACCACAAUAAUAAUCAAUACAAUAAAAGGCUCCAACUUAAAAAGAAAAGAUUGUAUUUAUUAUUUUAUAAUAAAGAAUCCUGAAAAUCAAACUCUAUAAGAUAAAAAGUAGAAAUAAAAAUAAGAAAAAUAAAAAUUUAGAGUUGAGAUUGAGGAGGAUGAAAAUGAUGAAGAAUGGGUAGAAGUUGGAAAUAAAAAUAAACAUGCUUCUCAACAAUAACAAAAAAAUUAACAAGAGAAACAAUAAUUAUAAGGAGUUAAAUAAACAUAAGGUAAUUUUUUAUUUAAUCUUAGACAUAAAAUAAGAGGAUACUAAGUAGCAAGUGAUCAAAAAAAGUUAACCAUCAAUUCAGCCUUAAUAAUAGCUAUAAUAAUAAAGCAUACCUUAAAAACCAUAAUAACAAUAACAACUAUAAUAACCAUAGUAACCUAUAUUAAGCUCUUCCUAAAAGGUAGUGUAACAAAAAUAAUAACAAAUACCAAUCGUAUAAGAACAAUAAAAAACCCUUAAUUUAGUAUAAGAUCCAACGUAGUAAAAACUGAAUGAGAAUGGUAAAAAUUAAAGUAAAUAACAAAAAAAGCAAUAAAAAAAAAUAGUUGAUGACUAAAAUGAUGAGGAGGAAGGGUGGAUAUCUGUGGAACCGAAGCAAAUUAAGAAUAAGUAAUUAGUAUAUUGUAUAUUUAAGAAACAAAGCAGAAGAAACAACUUAAUAAGAAGCAGAAGAAGUUAAAUAUAUAAAAAAAGAAGGCUUACUUACCAAAGAAGAAAAAUAAUAAUUAAAAGAAGAAGCUAAAAAAAUUGAGGAAGCAUAUAAAUUGAGAAUUCAAUAAAUUGAUGAUAUUCAUAGAGCAAAAGUCAUCUCAAAACAUACAUAAUACGAAAUAAAAAAUGCUGAUUAAUUAAUCAAAACUUAAUACGUUGCAGCACCACCAAAAAUAGAAUAUAAAAUGCCAGAAAUUUAGCCAAAGAAGUUGACAAGAGAGGAGAUUGAUUAAUUAGUCUAAUCAAAAAUGCCCUAAACAAGAUUAACAGGCUCUAAUGAAGUUUUUGUAGAAAAAUCAGAACCACUCCCACAAUAAAAUGCUAGAUAAGCAGAAGUUAAAAAAGUUCAACUAAAAUCAAAAAUUAAUUUCCUUAAACCAAUCUAACAAGAAAAAACGGAGGAGAAAUUAUAUACUGACCUACCGAUUACAUUUGAAACAAACAAAGACACUUCAAAACCUUUUUUCUCUACAUAGGUUAUUCUAACUGUUAAUACAAAUGGAAAAGAUCUUUUUGGAAGAGUCAAGAGAUAUAGGAGGCCAAUAUAAGAAAAAAAACAACCAGAGCAAAAAUAAAAAGAAAUUUAUCAAGCAAAAGAAAAUGAAUUGAAAUAAAAAUCAGAUGAUAAAUAGGUAAGUGAAUAAUCAGUGUAAAAUCUAAAGCAGAUGUAGUAAGUUUCAAAAAAUAUAGAAAAUUAAAGCUCAGAAAUAGCAAUUGUAUAAAAUUCAAAGUAGCAAGAUUUGUAAGAUAAUGAAAAAAAAAAUACCAGUUCCAUAUUGUUAAAUAAAGCUCAAACAAAAGAUCAAAAGCAAGAAAGUUCUAAUACAAAAAAACCAUAAGUUAGAUUCGAAGAAAGACCUAUUUAAGAACCAAAAACACAAUAGCCAUAAGAAUAAGAUUUAUAGGAGUUCAGUCAUACCACUUCAAAUCAGAAAGUCUCUGAUUAAAAAUAAAAGUCAAAUUAAAAAUAAAAGCAACCUUAAAAAAAUUAAAAACCAUAAGAAAGAGAUUUGUAUGAAGUUAAGUAAGUUCAACAAGUUUAAAAAGUAGUUCAGAAAAAAGUAGCUCAUUAAUCUUCAAAUGAACUCUAUGUACCAAAAGUAUAAAAGAUAGAGGAAAAUUAAUAAAAAAAUUAAACUAAUUAAUUAAGUUAAGAUGAUAGUUAAAAACAAAGUAUUAAAAAUUAAAUUGAUGAUAAACAUAUUGACUAAGAAACUCUAUAAUUAUAGGAGUAAUAAGAAAUAAAUAUGUUAAAAGAGAUAGAUAUUUAGUGCGAAUUGAAUUUGUAAAGUGGAAACCAAGAUAUAUAACUUGAACUGUAAUAAGGUAACCAAGAUUUAGUUUUUUUAAAUGAUAACGAAAAAAUAGUAAUUUAAAAUAAAAAUUAAGAAAAUCAAGUAGAAUAAUUAGUUUAAACUGGUUCUAAUCAACCAUAAUUUGUCGAAGAAGAAGAGGUAUUUGUCAGUAAUAAUAAACCUGUUGAAAAUCAAGAAGAUGUUUAAUAAUAAUCAUAAAAUUAAGUAGAAUAACUAGUUUAAACUGGUUCUAAUCAACCAUAAUUUGUCGAAGAAGAAGAGGUAUUUGUCAGUAAUAAUAAACCUGUUGAAAAUCAAGAAGAUGUUUAAUAAUAAUCAUAAAAUUAAGUAGAAUAACUAGUUUAAACUGGUUCUAAUCAACCAUAAUUUGUCGAAGAAGAAGAGGUAUUUGUCAGUAAUAAUAAACCUGUUGAAAAUCAAGAAGAUGUUUAAUAAUAAUCAUAAAAUUAAGUAGAAUAACUAGUUUAAACUGGUUCUAAUCAACCAUAAUUUGUCGAAGAAGAAGAGGUAUUUGUCAGUAAUAAUAAACCUGUUGAAAAUCAAGAAGAUGUUUAAUAAUAAUCAUAAAAUUAAGUAGAAUAACUAGUUUAAACUGGUUCUAAUCAACCAUAAUUUGUCGAAGAAGAAGAGGUAUUUGUCAGUAAUAAUAAACCUGUUGAAAAUCAAGAAGAUGUUUAAUAAUAAUCAUAAAAUUAAGUAGAAUAACUAGUUUAAACUGGUUCUAAUCAACCAUAAUUUGUCGAAGAAGAAGAGGUAUUUGUCAGUAAUAAUAAACCUGUUGAAAAUCAAGAAGAUGUUUAAUAAUAAUCAUAAAAUUAAGUAGAAUAACUAGUUUAAACUGGUUCUAAUCAACCAUAAUUUGUCGAAGAAGAAGAGGUAUUUGUCAGUAAUAAUAAACCUGUUGAAAAUCAAGAAGAUGUUUAAUAAUAAUCAUAAAAUUAAGUAGAAUAACUAGUUUAAACUGGUUCUAAUCAACCAUAAUUUGUCGAAGAAGAAGAGGUAUUUGUCAGUAAUAAUAAACCUGUUGAAAAUCAAGAAGAUGUUUAAUAAUAAUCAUAAAAUUAAGUAGAAUAACUAGUUUAAACUGGUUCUAAUCAACCAUAAUUUGUCGAAGAAGAAGAGGUAUUUGUCAGUAAUAAUAAACCUGUUGAAAAUCAAGAAGAUGUUUAAUAAUAAUCAUAAAAUUAAGUAGAAUAACUAGUUUAAACUGGUUCUAAUCAACCAUAAUUUGUCGAAGAAGAAGAGGUAUUUGUCAGUAAUAAUAAACCUGUUGAAAAUCAAGAAGAUGUUUAAUAAUAAUCAUAAAAUUAAGUAGAAUAACUAGUUUAAACUGGAUCUAAUCAACCAUAAUUUGUCGAAGAAGAAGAGGUAUUUGUCAGUAAUAAUAAACCUGUUGAAAAUCAAGAAGAUGUUUAAUAAUAAUCAUAAAAUUAAGUAGAAUAAUUAGUAUAAACUGGUUCUAAUCAACCAUAAUUUGUGGAAGAAGAAGAAGUGUUUGUCAGUAAAGAUAAACCUUUUGAAAAUAUCUAAACUAAUAAUAUUUUAACUGAAUCUAUAACCUCUUUCCCAAUUUAAUCAAGUUUAUAAUAAUAAUAGUCGGAUAUUGAUAAUGAAGUAGAAAUCAUAUAGAAGGGAGAAUUGAAUCAAGCUUAAAAUGAUAGUACUGAAUUCAUACCUGCCCAAUAAUCAUCUAAUCUAUAAUAAAAACAAGAUUUUAAUUAAAAACUUCUUUCACGAUUAGAUGCUCCUAGUCCAAUUGAUAGAGAAUAAAAGGUUACAUCCAUGUCGAAUAUUAUGCAAAAUGAAUUUUCUUAAGAUAUGAAAGAGGAUUCUUCUUUUCUAGCUGAGAUGGAUUAAAAAUAAAGAGUUUUGCCUGGAUAUUUAGACUUAACUUUUAAUAGUAGAAAGAAGUUAAUCAAUAAAAGUAUCCCAGUUAUUUACAGAACAGAACCUGGAAAUGAAAACAUUUUAGAAUUAGAAACAAUGAGCUUAAUUUUGGAUGGAUGCAAAGAAAUAAUUGCAGAUGAAUAUGUAAAUUACUUAGAAAAUGUAAGAAAAAUUAGAAGAAAUGCAUUAAACUAAAAAAGAUUUACUGAUUAUAUUAAAUUUGUUAUUUAGAUGGCUGAGGAAUAGUUUAGGAUAAUAUAAGAAGGCUUUAAUUGUAUUGCAUAGAGUUUGAAUAUUAAUGAAGAAGCAUUUUAAAAUUCUUUUCUAUUUUACUCGUAACAUGAAGAAUUUGGAAAAGAAUUUGUUGAAUAAUUAACAUUUGUAUAAUAAAAUAUGAAAGACAUUCCUCAAAUCAAAGUGUCUUUAAGGAAACAAUAAGGAAUCGAGCUUAUGAAAUAUUAAAUUGAUGUAAUAGAAUACUAUACAAAACACGAAUAUUUUGGUUAAAUUUUAGAUCUUUUUAAUGUAAUAGUUUAUAAAUAAUUAUUAGGAAAUGGAAGACGUUUAAGACGCUAAACCUGUUCUAUUAAAUACAUUGAUUGAUGAUAUAAUUUAUGAAAAAUAUGGAUAUGAGGAAGAGGAUAAAAUAAAUUUCAUGAGUAAAAUUUUUAAUUAUUUUGUAGAAAAAUAUCACAAUGAUAAAGAAGUUAAGAAUCUGCAAGCUAAAUUAGAAAAUUUAGUUGAAAAUUUAUUCAAUAUUUAAUUGGAAUGACU